AUGAUUGCAACUAGUAUUGAAAAUGGGGACGGUCUAGAAGGCUUGAGAUCGAAGAGAACGAUCUCAGAUGUCGAAAAAAGCUGCGUGAACGGUCCUGAAAACGGCAACAGCAAGAAGCCAGAUAUACCAAAUACACAGACAGAAGAAGAAGAAGAAGAAGUAGGAGAAGUAGUGGGAUCAGAAGAAGAUGAAGAAGAGAGGAUAGCAACAGCCAAACGAGUUUGUCGAUUGCCCGCGUACAAUUUUCUCAAGUUUUGUUAUCGUCACAACCCCGAUAUCCAGCAGUCUCCCACGCAUACAGCAUGUUUUCAGCAAGACGAAAAACGACGCGCAAGACUACAAGACAAGAUCGAAAGGCUGGAACCCAUACAGCAACAACAGGUGAGCAGUGCGCUAUCUGGGUUCCUGGACUGCAGUGACAAAACCCGGCGUCUAGUCCUGGAAGGCAUUCUAACUAACUGCUGUUUCCCACAGCUGUCAUUCAUGGCUUCUGAAAUUCAAAGCUUGAUCAAAAUUGAUUUCAUCAGCAUACUGCCGGAAGAGGUAUCGCUCAAGAUCUUGGGGUUUCUCGACUGCCAGAGUCUGUGUAAUGCCACCCAGGUAAGUCGUCGAUGGAAAAAAAUGGCAGACGACGAUAGAGUGUGGUACCACAUGUGUCAACAACAUAUCGACCGAAAAUGUCCCAACUGCGGUUGGGGACUCCCCCUGCUGCACAUGAAGAGGGCACGUUUCAUUGAAACGGGUGAUCCUGCAGCUAAGAAAAAUAAGACCGAAUGCAAAGACCUGGCAAAUUGUACAGUGUCAAAGGGCGGUAGAAAAACACGACCUUGGAAAGUCAUAUAUCAGGAGCGUUACAAAGUCGAAUCCAAUUGGAGGAAAGGUAAAGCCCAUGUGCAGGAGUUCAAGGGCCACAUGGACGGUGUUCUUGCGCUGCAAUUCAACUACAGACUGUUAUUCACAGCGUCGUACGACUCCACAGUGGCUAUUUGGAAUUUGGCCACUGGGAAACUGGUCAGAAGACUCACGGGCCACCGAGACGGUGUCAAAGCACUGUAUUUCGACGACCAGAAACUUAUUACAGGUUCACUGGACCGCACUAUCCGUGUAUGGAACUAUGCUACAGGCUCUUGCAUCUCUACGUAUCGUGGCCACUCUGAUAGCGUGUUAAGCGUGGACUCGUGCAAGAAAAUUAUCGUUUCUGGUUCGGCUGACAAGACCGUGAAAGUGUGGCAUGUAGAUUCACGCACCUGCUAUACGCUACGAGGACAUUCAGAAUGGGUAGGAUGCGUCAAGCUACAUCCUAGCAGCUUUACGUGCUUCAGUGGAAGUGACGACACCACGAUUCGAAUGUGGGAUAUUCGCUCAAAUACGUGCAUCAAGACAUUCCGCGGACAUGUUGGCCAAGUACAGAAAGUACUGCCGCUAAAUAUCGUGGAUACCGAACACCUGGUGGUGGACCCGUCGUAUGAAGCUAAAGUCGCGCCUGAAGAGGAAGGGGAAGACUCAGAUUCGGGACGCAGUGGCGCGUGGGACGACUCCAUGCCAUACCCAUCCCAUUUACUAUCGUGCUCGCUGGACAACACUAUAAAGCUCUGGGAUGUGCGUACAGGAGUGUGUGUGCGAACGCAUUUCGGUCAUUUGGAAGGCAUUUGGGACAUCGCCGCUGACAAUUUCCGGAUUGUAAGCGGAGCCCACGACAAGACUGUAAAAGUAUGGGAUUUACAAAGCGGUAAGUGUAUCCAUACCUUCGAUAGCCACCAGGCGCCCAUAACAUGCGUGGGCAUUGGCGAUUCCGAGUUCGUGAGUGGUGAUGAGCUUGGCUGUGUGAAGAUGUACAGAUUUGACUAG